AAGAGAGACCUCCUCUGUCUGUAGAGAUACAAAACAAACUUGGAUCCACUUUAUGAACAUCUCUGCACUGCUUUUCUUUGUGACUGUGUAAAAGCUGAGAGAAAUCAGAGCACAGAGGAAGCAUUCUGCAACUCAUCAUGUAAAGAAUAGGCGGUUCUGGAACUUCUUCAGAUAAAAUCAUUCUGCGUCACUUUCAUUAAGUGACUGUGAGAGGAUAAUCUUCACAGCAUGUCUUGUGACUCGGACCCUUACGUCUUCACCACCGACACCCUUCCCAGCGACCCUCGCUUCCUCCCUCCUCUUGCAAAUGGGCUCCUGGGCUGGAAGGUGUUCGACAGCAUCAUGCAUAUGGGUGGUGUUUAUAAUGGGGAGGCCGGAGAUUGCCACAGAGCUGACGUCCCUUGCCCUCUGGCUGUGAAGAUUGAGACAGAGGAACCUGCCCAGCACAACUACACCCUGGACACCCACACAGGUAUUUUCUCCCACAGUCUGAGCUCAGCCAGUGUGACUGCCUCACAGUCUCUAUACUGUCACCGUUUUUAUGCCAACAUCUUGGUGAUGGAGGUUCUGUUGGAGCGCCGGGUGACCUCAGAGGAGCCAGUUGUAGUUAAUCUGGUCAGUUCAUUCGCCCCUCAGAGCAAAGACAUCCAGUUUGAGUCUUCUCCUGACUACAAAGGUGGAAGGCAUAUUCAAGGACAAACGGCUAAAGCUGAAUUCCCAGGCGAGUCCUGUCCCACAGUCCACCUAAUCUGGACCCCUGUGCCUUCCACUGUGUCGCUGCCACCGGAGCAGACAAAAGCUCGCUGGGGAUUCAUCCUGGUCGUGGCCAACAGCGUGGAAGCUGCCAAGUCCAGCUACGACGAGGGCCUGAACCUGAUGGCGACUGGAAACCUGCGACCAUCUCACGAGAAGGCCUGGAAGGAGUUGUGGUUGCAGAGCAAGGUGGAGGUCACGGGGUCUGAGACCCUCAGCAAAGCUGUUGUCGGCUGCAUGUUCUACCUCCUGAGCGCCUUCCCGUCCAUCCAUGACACCUCCAGCUAUUUCUGUGGGUUGAGUCCAGGCGGGCUGUCUAACGGUGGGGACGGACAGGAUUACUGGGGUCAUGUUUUUUGGGAUCAGGAUAUUUGGAUGUAUCCAGGGAUAGCGCUGUUCUACCCGAAGCUCGCCCGAUCCGUGCUGGAGUACAGAGUUGGGACGAUAGACGGUGCAAAAGACAAUGCCCAGAAGCAAGGCUAUAAGGGGCUGAAGUUCCCAUGGGAAAGUGCUGUGUCAGGAAGAGAGGUGUGUCCAGAUGACAUUUAUGGGCAACAAGAGAUUCACAUCAACGGAGAUGUCACGUUGGCCUUCCAACACUAUCUCUACCUCACUGAGGAUCUGUCCAUGUUCACGGAGGGAAGGGGAAGCGAGGUGAUUUUUGGGGUGGCUGAUUACUGGGUUUCCAGGGUAAAGUGGAACCCUGACGACCAGAAAUAUCACCUGUUGGGUGUUAUGCCACCAGAUGAAUAUUAUUACAACGUCAACAACUCAGUGUACACCAACACAGUGGCCAAACUCAGUCUGCAGUUUGCUGUCUAUUUGGCUGAUCUUCUCCAACACUCGGCUCCAAAAGAAUGGCAGGAAGUGGCCGAGUGCAUCGAAAUACCUUUUGACCAAGAGUUGCAGUACCAUCCGGAGUAUGAUGGCUACAGUAAAGGUCAACCGGUGAAACAGGCAGACACAGUGAUGCUGGGUUAUCCCCUCGGCCUGCCGAUGCCUCCGGAGGUUAGGAGGACUGAUCUGGAAGCCUACGAGCCGGUCACAGACCCAAACGGACCAGCCAUGACGUGGGGUAUGUUUGCAAUAGGCUGGAUGGAGCUGGGCGAAACUGAGAAAGCUCAACGCUUACUUGAAAAGUGCUUCAAGAACAUCCAGGGGCCGUUUCAGGUAUGGAGCGAAUCACCAGAUGGUUCUGGAGCAGUAAAUUUCCUCACAGGUAUGGGAGGAUUCCUGCAGGCUGUGCUGUUUGGGUACACGGGUUUCAGAGUUCAGAAAGAAUGCUUGGCCUUCGCUCCGCUGCUUCCGGAUGAGGUCUGCGAACUGUGUGUCCGUGGUAUCAACUACUUGGGCAAUCAGAUGGACUGGCUGCUCAGGAAAGAUGACGUCUGCGUCAUACUCAGAGAACAGACUGGCAGAGCUGGAAACACUAAUCCUCAUAAGCUGCAAGUUGUCCUGAAGGCAUCAGGAGCUAAAAUCCCUUUAACGCCAGGACAGCCAGUCACUUUUCCUCGAGAAGCAGGCUGUAUAUGUAAAAUGGAUCCCCCGUCUUUCUGCUGGCCGCUCUGAAACAAGAGCCCUGUCACUUCUCCUCAUCAUUUCAUUCAGACAAAUAUGCAAAAUUAUUAUGUCUGUGAUAUGUGUUGGAAUUUUCAACAAUAAACAUGGACAAUUAUUGGUAAUAUUAUAAAGAAACAAUAAAAGACAUUAAUUUGGACUUUUUUUGCCUUUGUCACAAAUGAUCUUGCAAAUGUCAUGUUUAAUUAAAAAAGAAACAUGCAAACAGAUUUUAAUAUUGUUUCUUCAGUUACACCAUCCAUCCAUCCAUCCAUCCAUCUUCUUCCGCUUAUCCGGUGUCGGGUCGCGGGGGUAGCAGCUUCAGAAGGGAGCCCCAGGCUUCCCUCUCCUCGGCCACUUCUUCCAGCUCCUCCGGAGGAUCCCAAGGCGUUCCCAGGCCAGCCGAGAGACAUAGUCCCUCCAGCGUGU